AUGAAAUUAGCUGAUCGUAAGAAAUUUUCUGUUCAUUUGGAUAUGUCUGCUUUAAAACAAAUAAUCCAAACUGCUCAUCCACUCUCCACUAAACGCAAAAUCGACACUACUCCCACCAGUCCAAAUACUCCUGGGAUAGCAUCAGAAAAGAAAUUCAAGCCAGUUUAACCCUUACAUACUAACAUCAAUCUAAACAACAACAACAACACUAUACAGAAUAUUAUACUCAACUUUAAAAAUAAAGCCAUUAAAGAAAAAGAAAAUGCUCCAAUUUCAACAAUGUCAAAAUUUCCACUUUUAGUUGAUUAGUUUAUUAGAUUGUUUAAUUUGAGUAAAAGUGAAGUUCUUGAGGUGUAACAGUUGAAACAAGUAUAUUAUUACAAAUAAUCCAAAAUUUAAUAAGAUGGUUAAAAUGGAGAGUAUUUGUUUUAUGCUAAAGAUCACAUUAAAUAUCAAUAUGAAAUUAUUAACCUUAUUGGAUAAGGCAGCUUUGGUCAAGUAUUCUAAGUGUUGGAUCACAAAACACAAAAGACAUUCGCUCUCAAAAUUAUCAGAAAUCAAGAAAAGUUAAAAAAGUAAGCAUUGGUCGAGGCAAACCUUCUGAUGAUGAUUAGAGAGAGAGACCCAUUAAACAAAUCUAACAUAGUGAGAAUAGAAGAAUAAUUUAAUUUUAGAGGGCAUUAAUGCAUAGUUUUUGAAAGACUAGAAUGCAAUUUGUUUGAACUUUUAAAACAAUAAAAAUUUAGAGGUUUAGAUUAUGAAACUUUGAGAAAAUUUUCAUAUCAAAUUUUAAUCGCCUUGAAUUAUCUAUAAAAACUCAAUAUUGUGCAUUGUGACUUAAAACCAGAAAACGUCAUGGUAUAAGAUAUGAAAUCAAAAAUAGUAAAACUAGUUGAUUUUGGUUCUGGAUGCAUUGAUGGAAACUAGGUCUACACAUACAUUUAAAGCAGAUAUUAUAGAGCUCCAGAAGUUAUAUUUGGAUUGAAAUAUGGGAUGGAAAUUGAUAUGUGGAGUUUUGCAUGUUUAGUAUCUGAAAUCCAUACUGGAUAACCAAUCUUCCCUGGAGACAACGAAAUUGAACAAUUUAAUUUAAUUAUGGAAGUUAUAGGAGCACCAUCUACUGAAUUUGCAUUAAAAUGUCCAAGAAAGAAGCAUUUCUUUGAUGAAAAUGGAUUGCCAAAAAAAACCAUCAAAACCUAUCGGAAACCAUAAUCAGUUUAGUUAUAAGAAAUUCUUAAAACUACCGAUGAUGACUUUGUCGAUUUCAUUUAGAGAUGCUUUACUUGGGAUGCUGAAUCAAGAUUAAAACCUUAAGAUGCAUUGAAUCACCCUUGGAUUUUGUCUGUUAAUCCUAGAGAAAAUAGUUCAAAAUUGAACAAUAAAUUCUUCAAAGAUAACGACUCAAGUAGCGCCUUCAAAAAAUCCAAAACCCAAUCAAAUACAAUUCUGUAGGAAUUUGAAAAAAAACUAAGUAAGGAUAACAUUUUUCUAAAAUUACAACAAACUCGAACUUUAAUUGCUAAUAACACCUUUGAAAACAAGCCAGUGCUGAGUAGCAGAUAUGUUAAUGAUAAGCCAACCUCAUCUGAUAGAAUAAGAUCGAAUAUUGCCCACUCAAUACACUAAAUACUAUCAUGUAGACAACAUAAUGCAAGUAACACUUAGUUUAUAAGGAAACCAUCUUUAGGAUGA